AUGGAGAAUGGAAGAUCUAAGAAAUCUCUUGAUAAAAAGAUUGAGAUCAUUCCAAAUUGUAGACAGAAUCCUAAAUGUGCACAAGUAUUUCAUUCAGGAGGAGCAAGGCUGAUUUUGUGUGGGAAAUACCUGGACAAAUUAGAAGCUCUCUGUGAUGCUUUAAAUAGUGCGGCUGAUCCUACUGCAACAUUUUCACCAAAGCUUAUCCUUUUAGAUCUCGCUGAUGUAAACUGUAUCCAAGAUGUAGCUAAAGAAAUCCUGGAUUGUUAUGGAUGUGUGGAUAUUCUCAUUAAUAACGCUAGCACAAAAGCCAAGGGGACAGUUCAAAACGUGUCACUGGAACUCGACAAAAAGAUCAUGGAUGCCAACUACUUUGGACCUAUAACACUCACCAAAGCUUUUCUUCCCAACAUGAUCUCCAGGAGAACUGGUCAAAUUGUGCUAGUCAACAAUAUCCAGGGGAAAUUGGGUGUUCCCUUUCGUGCAGCCUAUUCUGCUUCGAAGCAUGCUGCUCUAGGAUUCUUUGAUUGUCUGAGAGCAGAACUGCAGGAAUUUGGUGUUUGUGUCAGUACUGUGUCUCCAAGUUUUAUAUGUUCUGUUCAUAAUCAGCUGCAACCUAAGAACUGUGAAGGCGCCUCAUGGAAAAACUUCUUCCGAAAGUCAGCUUAUGGUGUCCGCCCAUCAGAGGUAGCAGAAGAAAUUCUACGGACAGUGAACAGGAAGAAGCAGGAAGUGUUCAUGGCAAACCCCAUUGCAAAGGCAGCUGUUUAUAUUCGCACUUUCCUCCCAGAGAUAUUUUUUGCUGUGGUUGCUGCUGGAGUGAAAGAAAAACAGAAAAUUGAAGUUGAAAACUGAUUGCAACAAGUUCAUCUCCCUUGGUAAAAGAGUUAUGCCAAUUCUCUCUUGCAGAGGCUAGAGAUAGGCAUCUUGGAAGAAUGUUGUAUAAAUCCAAAUGAGACAAAAACAAAAGCAAAAAAAUCCCAAAGUUGUGUUUAAGGAUCUGGAGGCAGUGGAAUAGGAUAUGGCUUUUUCAUCUAUCAUUAAAAGUGCACUGCUGGGCUAUGAAAGAGAGCAAAGGACAUUUUUUCAGGGUGCCAAGUGAGUCAUCUGAAAUGGGGCUACUAGUUUCCUGGACAAUUUGCUAUUUCAAGAGAGUUAAUAGAAAGCAUGAAUUGUCUGCGUGUUGGGUAAAGUGUUCAGAGCAGGCGUGAAGGUCAAAAGGUAAAACUAAUAUUGGAAAAAUGAGGAAUUUCAGGAAUCGGGGAGAAUAUGAGCGAUGGACGUGUGGAAAAGAAAUAGAGAGUAUAGGAAGUAUAUGAGGUUCUGGUUUCACACCAGAGUGCAUGGAUCUUAGAAAGCAGAUUGGUUUGACAUUUAGGAAAUUCUCACAGGAAACAGAAAAAGGUUUCAUAGCAUUUGCCUUUUUGGUGUGAUUAACUGAACCUUUCAAAUCUGCAGUAAUGCUUGGUUUUUAUAGCUUUUAGUUCUAAAAAAUUAAGCAAAUGCCUGGUGUGGGGAUGAAACAUUCCAUGUUUCAAAAUGUUGCAUUGCUUUCAUUCCACAUGGGUAGAUAUGUCCAGUUUGGGGCAACUGCAUCACUUUUUUAAAAAUACAUAUCCUCAAGAUAGUAGUGGGGAGCAUAUGAUGAAAUGUGUAUCACAAUGUUACAUGACACACAUCUUUAUGAUUUACCUGCUGGUGUCAGGUAAGACACCAGAACACAAACGUAUAAGAACAGAUUAUAUAUCAUAAUGUCAGCAUGCAUGUGUUGUUAGCAUGCAUGUGUUGUCAAUUUUACACAACCCUGACUUGUUGCAGAUAAAGCAACCAACCACCACUGGUAGAUUCAUGGCUUUGAUGAAUAUUGGCACUGAUCUUCUCACUCUGCCUCCUUCUCCUCAUGCAAUGCUACAGGUUCACAGAAAUCUCAAAAUGUAAAGAUAUUAUAGCUCUAAACACAAAAAGUAUAUCUUUCCUUAACAUUUUUAUCUUUGCUGUGCCAUUAUAGUAAUAGUACAAAGGCAGCAGCAACACUCAAAUUAUCUCAGAAAGGUACUCCACUUUAAAUUUGGAAUUAGGGACAGGCAUCACAAAUUCCAAGUCUUCUCUAAUGUUUCAAACUAGAAUAGAUUGUGACUGGAUAUUCUGAUGAGGCUAGUUAUAAAUUCAGUACAUUGCUAAACCUCCAAUUCAUUGGUUAUGGCUACGAGGUGGUAUGAACUUUUAUCGAUCAGAUGAUCCAACUAUGCAGUUUCUUGGGAUUUAAAUUCUCAAGUGAUAUUUGUUGUGAUUCAUCUUCAGUCAGGCCCCCACAUCUGAACUGGAAAAAAGUAAAAGGCACCAGGCUAGAUACAAGGAGAUGGUGAAUUCUACUCUGGCCUGAGCCAUGAAAGCUGACUUUGGUCCAGCCACUCUCUCUCAGCUCAACCACCUCUCAGGGUUGUUGUAGUGGGGAAAAUAGGAAGAUGUAUUGUGUAUGUUCACCAUCUUGAGUUACUUAUAAAGUAAUAAAGAUGGGAUUUUAAAAAAUCGAAUAAAUAAAAUCAAAAUGAACACUAGAAAUCCACAAAGUAUUAGUGUUUGCUAUAUGUCUUUGUUGCCAUCUAGUGGUCAUUAGAAUUUUUGGAGCCCAAUUUGAAUUCUCUUGCCGCGUACAAUGUGUUCUGGGUCUGGCUUGACUUGCAUUUUUCCCUCAAAAUAAUUGUUCCCCACGUAACCUUGCUAUUUCCCCUUCUGCCCACCCCACACAUACACACACACCGGUCAAACAACAACUCUUGUCAUUCCCAGGCAGCAUGGCCCAUAGUAGCACCAAUGGGGGAUGAUAAGGGUGAUCAUGCAGGAGCUUAAAUUAGGGGAAGCUUGAGACUGAGAUAAGAACAGUAAAAAGUGAAGGUAGAUGAGUGAAGUUAAUCAAGAGAUUUAUAGACAGAGACUACGUUUUAAAAAAAAUGGAGAAAAAUGUCCCUAGCUUGGUUCAGCUAUUUUAUAUAGCAAAUCUAUGGGAGUCACCAGGUUGGGAAAAGUGAUCUAUUCACCACAGAAAUGAGAAUGUUUAUAUUCUUACUAUCUGAAUAUGGUUUGUAGAAAGACUAUGCACACUACUGCGAGUAUGAGGAUGUCCAUUGUUAGUGAAAAGGAAUGGGAAGUAAGUGGGAGAAAAUUUACUCUUUGUGAAAGUGCUGCAUAUGUUGCCUGAAUGAGAGAGGGGGGCGCUGAACUGAAAGAUGGCUGCUGUUAGGCUUUUAUUUGGUGCAAUGUCUUGUAAUGUUGGCUCCUGAAGAGUGUGCCUUCGGGAGAUGUGUUCAAUCUUUCUCUGUUCCACUGCCUGUUUAUUUCUCUCCCCAUCACCACUUGACAUUUUGUUAUUCUCAUCAAUAAAAGCAAUUGAAAACACAUUCACUGAUUUAGAAACAGCCAUGAGGGAAACAGUGGAUUAGCAUACUUAAAGUUGUGAUCCCUUUUCUUCCACAUUUCAGGGCCAACAAUCUUGCCUUGGGGUGAUAUAAAUAAAACUCCUGUUUGAAUAAUG